AUGGCUAUUUUUAUUCUCAGUGCUUCACAAAUCAAUCUCAUCAACUUCUUCUUCAUUGAGCUCUUCCAUGAUCUGGGUAUUGACAUGCUGCAUCUCUUUGGGGAAAAUAAGUACUUUGGGAUUUCAGAGGCAGAUGAGGAACUCCUCCCUCAGAGCCCACUUGUGCCCAUCGUCACUUCCCAUGUUAACGUGGUAUCAAAUUUUUGCCCAAUCCCAUCUGCUGAGGCUGACUCCGAAGAAGUUGAGGAAGUCAUGCUGACCUUUGAGGAAGCAUUGACUGCGGAGUCCAUUUCCAAUGCUCCACCUACUGGGCAUCUUCUGCUUCUCAUUGACCCAUCUGCUCCCCCAUUGCCUGAAGGUCCAGGAAUAUGUCCUGAUGACUACGUAUUGUUCAAAGGCCAGUGGAUUUACAAGCAGACAGUGUGCCGUCUUGCCAUCAAUAAGGAUUUCAUUUCAAAGUCUCACAAUCGGCUGGAGCAGUGA